CUUCAUCUUUCCAACCCUUCCUCUUCUUCUUCUUCACCCCCUUCUACUCCAUAGACUAGACUUUCGACAUGGCCCCCAUCCAGGUCAAGAAGAUUUGCUGCAUUGGCGCCGGUUACGUCGGUGGCCCCACCUGUGCUGUUAUUGCCGCCAAGUGCCCCCACAUCCAGGUCACCAUUGUCGACCUGAACAAGCAGCGUGUCGACGCCUGGAACUCUGACAACCUCCCCAUCUACGAGCCUGGCCUCGACGAGGUUGUCAAGGGCGCCCGUGGCAAGAACCUCUUCUUCUCGACCGAUGUCGACAAGGGCAUCGCCGAGGCUGACCUUAUCUUCGUCUCGGUCAACACCCCCACCAAGAAGUCGGGUAUCGGAGCCGGCUUUGCCGCCGACCUCAACUACCUCCAGCUUGCCACCCGCCGCAUUGCCGAGGUCUCGACCACCUCCAAGAUUGUCGUCGAGAAGUCGACCGUCCCCUGCAAGACUGCCGAGUCCAUGCGCACCAUCCUCGAGGCCAACUCGAAGCCCGGCUGCACCUUUGACAUCCUCUCCAACCCCGAGUUCCUUGCCGAGGGCACCGCCAUUGCCGACCUCUUCGCCCCCGACCGUGUCCUUAUCGGUUCGCUCCAGACCCAGUCGGGUCUCGACGCUUGCGCCGCCCUCUCCGAGGUCUACGCCAACUGGGUCCCCCGUGAGCGUAUCCUCACUGUCGGCCUCUGGUCGUCGGAGCUCUCCAAGCUCGCCGCCAACGCCAUGCUUGCUCAGCGUAUCUCGUCGAUCAACGCCCUCUCGGCCAUCUGCGAGGCUACUGGCGCCAACAUUGACGAGGUUGCCUUUGCCGUCGGCAAGGACUCGCGUGUCGGCCCCAAGUUCCUCAAGGCUUCGGUCGGCUUUGGUGGCUCGUGCUUCCAGAAGGACAUUCUCAACCUUGUCUACCUUUCCGAGUCGCUCCACCUCCCCGAGGUUGCCAAGUACUGGAAGGCCGUUGUUGAGAUGAACGAGCACCAGAAGAGCCGCUUCGCCCGCAAGGUUGUUGACACCCUGUUCAACACCAUCACCGGCAAGAAGAUUGCCAUCCUCGGCUGGGCCUUCAAGAAGGACACUGGUGACACUCGCGAGUCGCCUUCCAUCUCGAUUGCCAACCACUUCCUCAACGAGAAGGCUCGCCUCUCGCUCUACGACCCCCAGGUUACCGAGGAGCAGAUCUGGCUCGACCUUACCGACUACGGAGCCAUCCCCGCCGAGCCCAUCAAGCCCCACGUCUCGAUCCAGCAGUCUGCCGAGGAGGCCUGCAAGGGCGCCGAGGCCAUUGUUGUCUGCACCGAGUGGGACGAGUUCAAGACGCUCGACUGGGAGAAGAUUUACGCCAACUGCCCCCGCCCCGCCUUUGUCUUUGACGGCCGCCUCAUGCUCGACCGCAAGAAGCUCCAGAAGAUUGGCUUCCGCGUCGUCACCAUUGGCACUGCCGAUGGUUACUAAAAGAUGGGUUGCCUUGCCGUGCUUGGACGGCGCGACCAUCUUUCCGUUUUCCUCAUUUUGUAGACCGCAUCCGUUACAAAGCCCCAUGCCAUUGUAGAGGCGGGGGUUCUGGACUCAUAGGACACUCGUUGGUAGAGUAGGAGAGAUGUAUUAUCCUGCUGCGAGAGA